AGUCAUCACCUUUUCUUGCGCAGACAGAUUUCUUCCUCGCAGCACACUUAACCACUCUAAUUAACCUUAUCAUUCCGACUACUGGAUUCUCACCCAGAACUCAAAAAUGGCAGAAAUCAAAGCUGAACCCACUUUCCACCUCGUUUCCGAGGCUGAUAUCUCCGACGAGGAGCCCCGUAGAACUCAACGUGUUGCCUCCCUCGACAUCUUCAGAGGCAUCACCGUGGCGCUUAUGAUUUUAGUGGAUGAUGCUGGAGGGGAGUGGCCAGCUAUUGCUCACGCGCCGUGGCAUGGUUGCAAUCUUGCUGAUUUUGUGAUGCCCUUUUUCCUCUUCAUCGUGGGCAUGGCUAUUCCACUUGCUCUUAAGAGGGUAUCAAGACGACGCGAAGCUUUCGGGAAGGUGAUUUUUAGGACUUUGAAGCUCUUCUUGUUGGGCCUUUUGUUACAAGGGGGGUUUUCUCAUGCUCCUGAUGAACUAACUUAUGGGGUUGAUAUGAAAAUGAUAAGAAUCGGUGGAAUUUUGCAGAGAAUAGCUUUCUCAUACUUGUUGGUGGCUAUUUUGGAGAUCUUUCUAAAAGAUGGAGCAAGCAAGGUUCUUUUACAUGGCCACUUCUCUAUAUUCAAGUGUCACUGUCGGCAUUGGGCAAUGGGUGCAUUUUCAAUUAUUGUUUACUCUGCUUUUAUGUAUGGAAUAUAUGUUCCUGAUUGGCAUUUCACUGUCCAUAACAAGGAUAGUGCUGAUUAUGGGAAGGUUUUCCCUGUAACCUGCAGAGUGAGAGGAAAACUCGAUCCUCCUUGUAAUGCAGUGGGAUUAAUAGACAGAUCAGUGCUAGGAAUCAAUCACAUGUACCAACAUCCUGCAUGGAGAAGAUCUAAGGCCUGCACUGAGAAUUCCCCAUAUGAGGGUCCAUUAAGAAAAGGUGCUCCAUCAUGGUGUCAUGCCCCUUUUGAACCGGAAGGGAUCCUAAGUUCAAUAUCUUCCCUUCUUUCCACAAUUAUUGGAGCACAUUUUGGGCAUGUGCUUAUAUACUUGAAGGGUCAUUCUGCUAGAUUGAAGCAUUGGAUCAUCAUGGGACUUUUUUUCCUUGUUUUAGGACUCAUUCUACAUUUCACACAUGCAAUUCCUUUAAAUAAACAACUCUACACUUUUAGCUAUGUUUGUCUCACAUCAGGAACAGCAGCACUGGUUUUCACAACAAUAUAUAUUCUGGUUGAUAUUCAGAAUUUGAAGCAUGUCUUUCUGCCCUUAAAAUGGAUUGGUAUGAAUGCUUUGCUGGUAUAUGUCCUGGCAGCUGAAGGCAUAUUUGCAGGUUUCAUUAAUGGAUGGUAUUACGAAGAUCCACAUAACACACUGAUAUACUGGAUUAAGAAGCACAUUUUCAUCGGAGUGUGGCAUUCACAACGAGUUGGUGUUCUACUCUACGUUAUAUUUGCAGAGAUACUGUUCUGGGGUGUCGUUGCAGGCAUUUUGCAUUGGCUUCGAAUUUACUGGAAGCUUUAGGUUCCAUAAAGAAAAAGGUCUGUGCUCAUCUGCCAGAUAGUAAUCCUAAAUUUUCCACUCUUGAUUACGAAAGGAUUUUAUCUCGUAUACUUCGUUUUUAUAUAUGUAGUGUUGCUUUGGUAGUUCAGUUUCAAAUGUAAACUUCACGUGUCCUAAUUAUCCUAAUUAUAGAGUGUUAUGAUAUCAAAUGAAUGAAUAUGUAUAUACUGCUUUAUUCAAUGUGACAUAGCAUGAAAUGAGUAAAUAUAUUUAUUACAA